AUGUUUAAAAAGCUCAUACGUCAAUUUUUUUCUGAAAAAUGUCAAUUAAUCUUUCUUCAACUUGAUAUUGGCGAUGAUGAUUUUCCUGUUAAUAUUCAUCAAUGUUUAACAUCGUCUUCUAAUCCUUGUUCAAGUUCAGUUUCUAAUAAAACUCAAUAUUGUUGUUUGACGCUUCGUUAUUUAUAUAUUCGUCUUAACUAUACAUGUUUUCUUGAACAUCUUAUUGAAUAUAUACCCAAUAUUGAACGAUUAUCAGUUAUUUUUAAACAAUCAAUGAACAUCGAACCUCGAUCUAAGUCAGAUAUUGAAACAUUAAUAAAAUCAAAUGGAAAUUGGUUUGAAAAGGUACCAAAACUUAACGAUUUUACUUUAAAAGUUUUUGUUUCUAAUGAUUUGGAAUUUGCUUAUUUAAAAUGGAUUCUUAAUAAUUUAAAUCAUGUCCGAAAAUUUAAACUUCAUCUUCAAAUUGAUAGAAUGCAUUCGCGCUCAGCUACAACGAUUAACGAAUAUGUUGAUGCAAAUUUUAUUCGUCAACAUUGUUUACCUGAUAUAAUUAUCAAUCUAACAGAUUUUCACUUUUAUAUCGUUUCCG